AUGCCAAUUUUCGGAUUAACUAUAGAUCAAGGUUAUUAUACUAUUUGGAAUUUCUGAAGGCUAAAUAUUAAAAAUCAUUUAUUUUUAAACAAAUUAUCAUCAAGCUCAUGAAAUCAUAAAAAUCUUGGGAAAUGCCAUUUCUUUAUAUCUCUAACUUCUACUAGCUUAUAUCAAUCUACAAUUGUUUUGCUAUUUUCUUAUAAGAAAGUUAUCUUUAUGAGUAUCCUGAUAUAG